AUGGUCUAUCCCUUUGACUAUCUCCAGCACCGUCGUGACUGCCAAUUCAAGCAGUCCGAACGUGCUGACAGAAUCCGCCGCUUGACAGCUUACCAUGGUCCUUUUUCAUCCCAAGACCGCCAGAUCUUGGACAAACCAAUCGAUGAGCUUGUGCAGGACGUCCACAAGUCUGUCCUAAAACCAAUAGACAUUCUCAAGACUUACGGCAAGGUUGCUCUCAAGGCUCAUGAGCGCACAAAUUGCCUCACGGAAAUCAUGCUGUCGGAUGCGGAAACGUGGGUUGAAGAUGGCUCGAUCAACAUGAAAGGUCCUCUGGCCGGCAUCCCCGUGAGUUUGAAGGACACAAUUGUAGUGGGUGGUUACGAUGCCACUGUCGGUUUUAGCAGUUUUGUCGGGAAUAAGACGAUCGAGGACGGCCCCGUUGUACAGCUUCUGAAAGACGCCGGUGCAGUUCCAUACGUCAAGACGAACUUGCCCAUCACAUUACUCAGUUUUGAAUCUACCAACGAUGUCUGGGGCAGGUGCACGAACCCGCACAACUCGAAAUAUUCUCCUGGCGGCUCUACAGGAGGUGAAAGUGCACUACUGGCCAUGGGUGGUCGUAUCGGUAUCGGCAGCGACGUUGCAGGCAGCGUGAGAGUUCCGGCACAUUUCGCUGGUUGCUAUAGUAUCCGUUGCUCCACAGGGCGCUGGCCAAAGCUGGGCUUCCGCACGAGUAUGCCCGGCCAGGAAGGUGUGCCGUCUGUGUAUAGUCCCAUGACGCGCACUCUCGAUGACCUGAGAUAUUUUACGCGAGCUGUGGUCGGAAUGGAGCCAUGGAAAUACGACUACUCCGUACACCCAAUGCCAUGGAAGCAUGAUGUUGAGAAGGAAUAUCUCGAGAAGCCGAAGUUUCGUGUGGGUGUCAUGCGUACCGACGGUGUAGUCGACCCCAGCCCAGCUUGCAGACGUGCGCUCGAGAUGGUCGAAGUUGCGCUGCGAAAAGAUGGCCACGAGAUCGUCGAAAUCAACCCCCCUUCGCCCUAUGAAGCUUUGAAGACGGCUUCGUUGGCGCUGAAUGCUGAUGGGUGCCAGAUGUUUAGCUCUUUCAUGCGCACUGGAGAGUGGAACGAUGCAGGUGCGACACAGAUGAAAUUCCUCUUUAACUUGCCGGGUCCCCUUAAGUAUUUGUACUACCUUUGGGUAAAAUAUAUCCGUCGAGACGAUGUCUGGGCUGGUCUGGUCCGCAACUGGCGCCCCCAAACGGCGUUCGAGAACUGGAAACUAGUCAGUCAGAGGGAGGCACACCGUCUGGAUUGGUUCAACUGGUGGAACAAGGUCAAUGUUGACUUCCUGAUCACUCCACCCAACGCCACGCCAGCCGUCCCGCAUGAUGGAAUGAAGGAUGCUGUCAGCAGCUGCGGGUACACGUUCCUCUUUAAUCUGCUCGAUUACACUGCCGGCGUCAUUCCUGUGACGCAUGUAGACAAAAACCUGGAUCAACUGCCUGCCGACUUCAACAUCAAGAAACUCAACGGUGUCGCCCGUGGCGCAUAUAAGCUAUACAACGCCAAGGACAUGCACGGCCUACCCGUCGGUGUUCAGAUCGUGGGGAGGAGGCUUGAGGAGGAGAAGGUACUCUCCAUAAUGAAGAGAGUAGAGGACGCGUUGGGUGAGGAUAAGUACAAGCUUUUGGAGAUUGAUUAG